CCGCCCGGCCGGCGCUGCGGGCGCCCGGGGGGACGUCCCGGGGCUCCGGGAGGCCAGGCUGCCGCGGGGCGUGGAUGAAAAAGGAUGACAGUGAAGUUGGGGGGCGGCGGCGGCGAGGACGGGCUCAAGAAGCUGGGCAAGCGGUCGGCCGAGGAGGAGGCGCUGGCCGGAGACGCGCCCGGAGGCGCGGACGCGGCCGAGGACGGCGGCACAAAGCGCGACGAGCCGCCCCCCCGGGCCGGCGCCCCCGCGGCCCCCGGCGCAGCGGGCAGCCCCCAGGACCAGCACCACUUCCUCCGGUCCAGCGUGCGGCCGCAGAGCAAGAGGCCCCGCAGGGACCCGCCGGGCGCGGUGGGCGGCGGCAGCUCGGGGCCCCGCGGAAAAGGAGCCGAAGGUGGCGGGUCGUCGUCUGGAAAUGUAUCCGGGGUUGCCCCCAGUGCCCCUGCGGGGGGCUCGCGCUCGUCCUCCCGGAACUUAGGGUCUUCUGGUGCUGAGAAGGAAGAAGGCAAGAAGGUCCGGCGGCAGUGGGAGUCGUGGAGCACGGAGGACAAGAACACCUUCUUCGAGGGGCUGUACGAGCACGGGAAGGACUUUGAGGCGAUUCAGAACAACAUUGCCCUGAAGUACAAGAAGAAAGGCAAACCCGCGAGCAUGGUGAAGAACAAGGAACAGGUCCGGCACUUCUACUACCGAACCUGGCACAAGAUCACCAAAUAUAUCGACUUCAGCAACGUGUUCUCUCGAGGGCUGAAGAAGUCGUCCCAAGAGCUGUACGGCCUAAUCUGCUACGGCGAGCUGCGCAAGAAGAUCGGGGGCUGUAUGGAUGACAAGAAUGCAACGAAGUUGAACGAACUCAUUCAGGUUGGGGCUACGACAGUGCGCUACAAGGGGAGAAAUCUGCGGAUCAAAGCACCCAUGUGUCGGGCUCUGAAGAAGCUCUGUGACCCUGACGGCUUGAGUGACGAGGAGGACCAGAAGCCAGUGCGCCUACCCCUGAAAGUUCCUGUGGAGCUCCAGCCACGGAACAACCACGCCUGGGCCCGCGUGCAGAGCCUUGCUCAGAACCCGCGCCUCAGGAUGAUCGUGGAGCUGCACCGCAAGGUCUCCAGUCUCAUCGAGUUCCUGAAGCAGAAGUGGGCACUACACGAAGUGCGGAUUCGCAAGACGUUGGAGGAGCAUCAAGUGCAGGGCCCAUGCACCACACCAGCACAGGAAAGGGUGACCCUGCACCUGUUCCCAGGCGAGAACUGCACGCUGACACCGCUGCCCGGCGUGGCCCGCGUGGUGCACUCCAAGGCCUUCUGCACGGUGCACUGGCAGGAGGGCGGCCGGUGCAAGCAGAACUCAAAGGACACUCACACGCUGCCCCCCGCCCAGAUCCUGGGCAUCCAGAGCGGGCAGGGUACAGCCCGAGGCCAGGUGAAGUGCCCGCGCAGUGGUGCCGAGGGCAAGGGUGGGGGGCGGCCUCUUCCUACCGAUGCCUCGCAGAGCUCUGGAGAGAGUUCCCCCGAAAGUGGUCCUGGGGAGGGGGCUGCACCAUGCCUGAGCAGCCCAGACGCCGCUGACAGGCCUUCCCCUGGGCACCAGGAAGUGGGGCUGCAGCUUGAGAAGACCUCCGGGGCCCUGGCUGACAGUGGGGAUGGCCCUACGCGGGAGCCAGGGUCCUUGCCAUGUACCUGUGGCCAGCUACCAGACCUGGAUGAUGAGCUCUCGCUCCUCGACCCCCUGCCCCGCUACCUGAAGUCCUGUCAGGACCUCAUCGUCCCGGACCAGUGCCGCUGUGUGGACUCCCGGCCUGGGAGGGAGCCGCCUCCUCCUAGUGCAGCCGCUUCCCCAGAGACGCGUGUCCCCGGCGGUGAGGAGGCUGCCGACUUCACCCCACCUGGCCCAGAGCCUCUGCCCGGCCCUGGGCUCCCACCAGAUGUUUGCACUAAAGACUCUGCAGACACGCCCAUGGAGGAGCCCAGGGAGAAGGGAAGCCCCUCAGAGCCACCGCCUCAGGGACAGCCCCCUCCCACCAGGCCCCUGAAGGAGCUCCCGGCCAGCCGGCUGGCCCAGCAGCUCCGGGAGGAGGGCUGGAACCUGCAGACCUCUGAGAGCCUCACGCUGGCCGAAGUCUACCUCAUGAUGGGCAAGCCCAGCAAGCUGCAGCUGGAGUACGACUGGCUGGCCGUGCUGGGCCCCGAGGGCCGCCCCGGCUCCCCACCCGCCGUCCACAGGCAGCGGCUCCUCAACUGCCUGCUGAGGCUCAUCUCCACUGAGGUCAGCCCCAAGCUGGCUCCAGAAGCAAGUGCUGUGUCCACAGCCUCCAUGAGGCCUGCCCAGGAGGAGCAGUCAGCGACCCCCCCAGGGAAGAUGGUGACCAUGAGCUCUCGGAGCCCCCGCUGCCCUCGAAACCAGUCUACCCUCCGCGGCAGCAAGACCUUCCCGCAGGGCUCCGCGGCCUGCUCCUCAGGUUUGAGAAACCCGCCACGGCCGCUCUUGGUAGCGGGUCCCUCCAGCACAGGCAGCAGUGACUCGGAUGGUGGCCUUUUUGCUGUCCCUACGACUCUGCCCCCUCAUAGUCGGCACGGGAAGCUCUUCUCUCCCAGUAAAGACGCGGAGCUGAGCUUCCGGCAGCAUCUGAACUCCAUCAGCAUGCAGUCGGAUUUCUUCCUGCCAAAGCCCAGGAAGUUGCGGAAGCGCCACCUGCGCAAGCCUCUGGUGGUCCAGAGAAUGCUGCUUCCCAGGCCGUCUGAAAGCCAGUCUCAUAACGUCUGCUCCUUCUCCAUCCUGUCCAACUCCUCCGUAACUGGGAGAGGCUCCUUCCGGCCCAUCCAGUCUGCUCUGAGCAAAGCAGCUGUGUCCCGACCAAUUGUGCCCAAGGCCCUGCCGCCCCAGGCCACGAGUCCUCUGGCCAGUACGUUAGCCUGUGCUAUCGACUUGGCUGCGAAAAGUGCCGGCAUCCUCCCUGGGAGCCCCCUGCCCAUCAUGGAGGCCGAGGGCUUGUCGAGCAUCUCGCCGCUGUCUUCAGACAAGGUGUCAGCUGCGGUCCCAGGUCAGGACCCAGCCAGAACCCACCAGAGUGAAGACCCUGUCCCCCCUGUGGAGGGCUCCAGGGAGUCCUUCAUCAGUGUCCCCUCGAGGCCUGGACAGGAGCCAGUGACAGAGAGUUUUCAGCAGGGUUCGCCUGUUCUCUCCCUGUCUGAGCUGCCCAAGGCUCACCUCCAGAACGGCCCCUCUGCACCCCUUCCCUCCUCGGAGGGUUCCAGCACUCGGCUCUCUCCGCCCAAUGUCUCUGCGCUGCUGGACAUCUCCCUGCCUGGUCCGCCCGAGGAUGUGCUCUCGCAGGGAGAGCCCGCCACGCAGAUCAGCGACUCCAUCAUUGAGAUCGCCAUCAGCUCCAGCCAGUUUGGUGAAGGGGUCCCUCUCUCUCCAGCAAAACUGAAUGGCAGUGACAGCUCCAAGAGUCCUCCCUCUCCGUCCAGCAGCCCCCAGCCCAACUGGAUUGCCUCCCCUACCCAUGACCCUCAGUGGUACCCCAGCGACUCUACAGACUCCUCGCUUAGCAGCUUGUUUGCGAGCUUCAUCUCCCCAGAGAAGAGCCGGAAGAUGCUGCCAACCCCUGCCGGGACCAACAGCGGCACCUCCUUGCUAGGUCCCAGUUUGCUGGAUGGAAACUCACGAGACUCGUUUGUGUCCAGGUCCCUGGCAGAUGUCGCAGAGGUGGUGGACUCCCAGCUGGUGUGCAUGAUGAACGAAAACAGCAUUGAUUACAUAUCUCGGUUCAACGACCUGGCCCAAGAGCUGUCCGUCACUGAGCCAGGCCGCCGAGAGGUUCUGUUUGACGGUGGUGGAGGUGGCCCCCCUGUUGGUGACCUCUCCCAGUGACCGAGCCUCAUGACAGGGCCUCCUGAAGGCUGCAGAGAGCUUAUGGGGCUGGCGUCCUUGUGUGCGGGCGAGGCCCUCUCCACACGGGAGAGAACACAGCGACUCCAGGAUCCCAGAGGAUGGGGUGAACAGAGGCACCUCUGCACCCCAGAGUGUGCACCAUGUGGGAGCAGCUGGUCCCAGGGUCGUGCCCCACCAGCGGGGGCUGCCGAGGUCACGAGACGCGGUUGUGUUCUGGGGAAGGCCGACGUCAGAUCCUGGUCCGUGCUGGGAUCGGUGUGGUGUCCGGUUUCGGUCUGCACUCUCCCGGGACUGUGGUGCCGGACAUUCCAGUGGGUUUUCUUCUAUAGAAAGGGGUGCGUGCCUUGGCAGGGACGUUGCUGCCUGGGGAGGGGUCGUCUCCCCUCUCUGUUUCUGCCAAACCUGUGCCACAGUUGGGCUGCCUUCGGCAGAGUGAUGUUGGGGUACAGAGGGCGUGGCCAGGCCUGUGCCUGGUGGUGUCUGCUCCCUGAGACCACAAGUACUUGAAGGGACACUGGUCACAGGGCAGCAGGAGGGUCCCAGGCGGUGUAACCAGAAGCAUCCCCCAGUAUUCUGGUCCUCUCCCCCGAUCUGGGCGCUGUGAACCGACUUCACGGGAAGAGGGGAAGAGCCAGGUCUGGCGCAGGCCGUGUGGACUUCCUGGGACCCCCCGCCCUGGUCCACGUGUUCCUUGUGCUCAGCUGGUGUCCUCCCGUGGUCCACCUGCAAGUUUCUGCUUACGUCAUCCGCGACGUCACUGCGCUGCGUUGGGGUGGCCCUGAACACCGAGGCAAGCUCUUGAGCCGUUCACGCACUCUCCUUGGUGCCGGGAACAGUCCUGCCUCUGCGGCAGUGCCGCUCCUCCCCUGACACUGGUGCACAGUGUGCCCUGUGCCCGGUGCGUGGAUGGCGUCCUCGGCAUGCCCGGGAGCCUCCCGUGUGCCCGGUGCGUGGAUGGCGUGCCCGGGAGCCUCCUGUGUGCCCGGUGCGUGGAUGGCGUCCUCGGCAUGCCCGGGAGCCUCCCGUGUGCCCGGUGUGUGGAUGGCGUCCUCAGCGUGCCCGGGAGUCUCACGUGUGCCUUUCCCCUGAGGCCUCCAUUGCUCUCCUGUUCAGGGAACCUCAGCAAAGUCCAGACGUCUGGGUGUCGUCCGAACUCCCAAGCCCGUGUCCUUUUGCUGGUCGGCCUCUUGUAGCGGCGUUUGGUGGCAGUGGUCAUUACCGCAGAUGGCCCCAUGUCCAGGCUUUGCGCAGAGUGAGGCUGUCAAGGGCUCCUUUGCACCAUCAGCCUCGGGGUCCCAGCACCCAAGUCCCUGUCCAGCCCUGGACAGUGUGGCUGACAGCCAGCGCUGCUGCCCCGCCCAGACGCCACCGUCUGCUCCUCUGGCUCCUCUGCCCAGCUGCAGUGCAGAGGGGAACCGGUGUGAAGAGGAUGGAGUGGACUCGGACACAGGCAGCGUGGAUGGUGCAGUCCUGUCCCCCCACCCCCAGGUGCUGCAGCCCCCCAGGCUUCAGGCAGGUCAGAGGUCAGCAGAACCAGAGCGGGCGGGGUCUCUGUCUUCAGAGCUCGACUCCGUGUGUGCACACUCCGUCCCAAAGCAGAGGAGGAUAGGCACAAGGGGUGGCUUUCCCACACAUGCCCCGGGUGUCACCCACGCAGAGCCUGUUCCUGGAGCUGAAGAUGGGGUGGGGCCUGGGGUUGGCAGAAAAACAAUGGGUGCUGUUCUGCCUGUCUGAAUGAAUAUUCAUGUGCACCCCCUGCCCCUGCCCUGCAGUGCUGGUGGGAUCUUCACCCGGAUCCAUCUUGGGGGAGUGAGGCUGGUGUGGCCUCAGGUCUUGGGAGUGCACGGUCACACAGGGCCGACCAAGCCUUUGACCACAAGGCGCUCUCUUCGCCUUGGGUUGCUUGCUCAGGGAGUGGGGGUCUGUGGGGACAGCAGGCUGCACUCUGCCAGCCGCACCAGGGCCUCGCGGGGCCGCAGCAUCUUUAGAUCAGACUGUUGAAGUCGCGGGAUUCAAGACACCAGAACAGCUGCAUUUUCUGUUAAAGCCUUGAGCUUCCCCAGGAGGUAGCGCACUUUGUCUUGGGAAGGAAGCGAUUAAUCUUCACAGAGGAAGGAGCCCCACUGUCCGCCUUUGCCAGCUGUCACCCCCCCUCCCGUGGCGUGGGUCCAGUCCUGGAGGCCUCCCCACGGGUGCAGGCCCCGGAGCUGGUCUGGGCGGCAGCACUCACUGCUACUUGCUUUUAUAAUCGUUAAGCCAUAUCAUCGGAGGUUUUCGGCUGUUUGAGAUGUGAAUUGUUUUAUAGAUUAUAAAUACACAGUGUAUGUAUAAAGCAGAAUGCCUGCCUUUCUCGAUUAUUUUUUGUACCAUAUUGUAAAUUAUAUUAUUUAUUCUUUACCAAUUUUGGGAAUAAAAGGUGUUUUGGUUAUUUAAUAAACAAAAGCUGUUAAACUUAUGUUUAAAUUUCCAGUUCCACUUGUAAAUGUU